UCAAACAAAAAGCCUUGGUCACACUGCUUACACAAAUUGGCUGGAAACAAAUAAAAAUUAAUUAAAACAGGAAAACAAAGUUCUCCAUUGAAAAAUUGACAAGCUUACAACUGUUUCAUUCGUACAAGGACAAGAUGGUGUGCGUGCCCUGUUUUAUCAUUCCCCUGCUCCUAUAUAUCUGGCACAAAUUUGUCCAGCCGAUUCUGCUGCGCUACUGGAAUCCCUGGGAGAAAAAGGACGCCGAGGGCAAUGUAAUCAAGAAGGGGCCGGAGUUCCCCUUCGAGUGCAAGGGCGGUGUGUGUCCUUAUGUACCGGGGGCCAAGAAGUCUCCAGAGUCGACGGAUGGAAAUACUGACAACUCAGACCCAUUAACCACAACAACAACGACGAAAACGGAGGAAACCAAAAAGGAAAUCUAGUCUAAAAGUCACUACUAUCACUUCCCCCUUUUCUUUUUGUUAAUAAGAAGCGCACACACACGCUUUAACUUCAAUGUCAUCGUCAUCAUCGUGCGAUGUGUCAGGUGGUGGCGAGGUGGGGACAAGGCCUCUAGGGAGAACCGUUAUCUAAGACACAGCAACUAAUUACGCUUAACGAUUAAUUAAUUAAAUAAAUGUAAUGAAUGACCACUGACCACUGCA